UGGUGAAAAGAUAACUUUUAUUGUGUUGCCAAGACGAGAGAGGGGGGAGAGGAAGAGGAAGAAGAUGGAUGAACCGUUGAGCCCGGUGGCGCGUCUGCUACACGCGCCGGGGAUGGACUGCUGCAUCAUCUCCGUGGUGGGUUGCAAGACAAAUAUCAACACCGAAGUUAUCAUCAAUGGCCUGAAGGAAACCAUCGUUAAACACCCUCGUUUCUCCAGCAAGCUGGAAGAUGGAUGUGAGAGAAGAGGGAAGGAACCGAGAUGGAUCCCGACCAACGUCAACGUCGAAGACCAUGUAACAGUCCCGGACAUAGACCCAGAACGAAUCCCAAACCCCGAACAGUUCAUCGAAGAUUACGUCGCCCAACUCACCACAAUCCCUCUAGACACCUCGAGACCAUUAUGGGACAUUCAUAUUCUCAAUCUCAAGACUUCAGAAGCUGAAGCAUUCGGUAUAGUGAGAUCUCAUCACUCUUUAGGUGAUGGAAUGUCCCUUAUGUCCCUCAUCCUUGCAUUCACCCGAAAGACAUCGGACCCCGAGGCCCUGCCACGCGUUCCUGUCCUGAAACGCCGUCCACCGCCGGACAGGAACAAGAACUGGUUCUUGAGUUUGGCUCUUUCUGUUUGGUCUGGAAUAAGAUUGGUCUGGAACACUGUUGAGGAUGUUUUCCUGUUCUUGGCCACGGCCUGGUUCUUAACAGAUACAGAAACGUCUCUCAAGGGCGGAGCUGAUACUGCACGUAACCUGAAGAAAUUUGCUCACCGGAUAGUGGCCAUGGAUGACAUUAUACUUAUAAAGAACGCAAUGAAAAUGACAAUCAACGAUGUUCUACUCGGAGUAACACAGGCCGCCGUCUCUAGUUACCUGAAUCGACUAUACGACAAGAAGAACGAGGAGGUCCGGGUUUCAGCAGGGAAUUCAAAGAUUCUACCGGGAAAAACCCGGCUCCGUGCAUCUGUUCUUGUAAACUUAAGGCCCGAAACCGGAAUCCAGCCUUUGGCAGAUAUGAUGGCAAAGGGAUCAAAGUGCAGAUGGGGUAACUACAUUAGCUACAUCCUCUUACCGUUAUCGAUCAGCUUACAAAACACCCCGUUGGAUCACCUUUUGAAGGCGAAAUCCGCCAUGGAUAGAAAGAAGAACUCUCUCCAAGCAUCUCUAAUGUAUUCAUCCAUUGAUUUCUUCAUCCACGUGCUCGGGUUUAAGGUUGUAUCAGCGUUAACACACCGAGUUGUUUCAAACACGACGAUGUCCAUCUCGAACAUUGUUGGUCCCGUGGAAGAGAUCAGUUUCUAUGGCCAUCCGAUUGAGUUCUUCGCUCCAAGCGUCUACGGCCACCCACAAGCAUUGACGAUACAUUUUCAGAGUUACGCGAACAAGAUGAUAAUUUCAAUAGCGGUUGAUCCGACAGUGGUGCCGGACCCUCACGAGCUUUGUGACGAAAUGAUGGAGGCUCUCAACACCAUCAAAGCCUCUGCUCAAGAGAGAGUCUUUCUCAAGAAUGUGAAUUAGCAGCAACGAACCUUCU